CUAAAAAACUUCAAAAAACCAAAAAGAACCAGGACAAUGCCAAACCAACUAAUGAAACUGCUUCUGAAUUUGCUGCCAAGAACGAAGGCAUACUACCUGCCUCAUCAGCAAGAAAAAAAAGAAAAACUCCAAGAGGAUGA